CCAUGUACCCAGGAGUUGGAGAAGAGGCAAGUGGGCCACCUGUUCCCAGAUGACAGGACACACGUAGAGAGACAGGGACUCAGAGCCACAUGGACAUCAGAGUCGCAGACAGACACGGUCCAGGGGCAUGGGGGCCAUGGAAGGAAUGGGGUCUCACUGCUCUGGUCACCAUCCCUCCCUUUGCUCCUCAGACCUGAAGCCCCAGAAGAGCUCCAUUCCAGAUUGGGCCAUCGUGCUGAUCACCCUCACGCUGGUGGCCGCUAUUGUCGGCCUGAUGUACGGGGUCAAGAUGGCCUGCCAGCUCCGGAGGGAGAUGCAUGUGGGCUGCGGCUGUGGCUCUGUGACCCCUUACAGCUGUCACCUGGAGGCCGGUGGCCAGCGCCACUUUGUCAAGUGAAGGGGCGGGACCAGGAAGGCCACACCCCAUCCCUUUGGUCUUUUGCAGAUUUAUCCCCAGGCCCUUCUGUCCCAUUCGCCCCCGCUGAGGCCAUUUCCAGAGAGUAGAUUUCUGGGGUCUC